CCUUUUUGUUCUAACCUUCUUUACCAUAAACUAGUUCUCUCUCUCUCUCUCUCUCUCUCAAGAACAGAAAUCAUGGCUGGCUUAAUGGUGGCGGGAGCUCUUCUCUCUGGUUCCAUCAAUGUCCUCUUUGAUAGGAUUGCUUCUCAAGAGGUACUUGACUUCUUUCGUGGAGACAAACUCAAUCCAAAGUUGCUCAACAGGCUGAAGAAUAUGUUGAGAUCGGCUAAGGUGCUGCUGAACGAUGCCGAGGAGAAACAACUUGGAGACAACGACGUGAAGGGGUGGCUUGAUGAUCUGAAACAAGUGCUGUAUGAUGCUGACCACGUGAUGGACAAGCUCAGUACUGAAGCUCUACGACUCAAGAUGGAGAAAGAUGAUGAACUCGAAAGCACAGCAAGUAAGCCCUCCCACUCUGUCUUUAAGAACCCAUUUGAAAUAAGUGCUUUGAAAUCUGAAAUCGAAGAGAUCCUUGAUACUCUAAAGGAUCUUUUAGAACAGACAGAAUACCUUGGUUUGAAAAAAGUUGAGCUGAAAACAACAUUACAUAGACCACCUGCACCUUUGUUAGAUGAUUCUAAGGUUUAUGGAAGAGAGAAUGAUAAAGAGGCUAUUGUUAAGCUAGUAUUGUGUGAUGAUGUUGGUGACCAUAGGAUUGUCCUAAUUCCUAUAAUAGGGAUGGGUGGCAUUGGCAAAACUACACUUACUCAAAGUGUAUAUGACGAUACCACUGUCCAACAACACUUUGACUUGAAAGUGUGGGUAACUAUCUCCGAAGAUUUUGAUGUUUUGAAAAUAACUAAACUUAUUUUUGAAGCAAUCACUGAAACAAGUUGCGAAGCAAAGGAGCUAUAUCAACUUCAAAAUAAAUUGAAAAAUGCUUUGAUAGGGAAGAAGUUUCUUUUUGUUCUCGAUGAUGUAUGGAAUGAAAAUUAUUUGCUGUGGGACUCUUUGAAAAGCUCUUUUCAAUCUGGCGAUCAAGGAAGUAAGAUCAUUGUGACCACGCGUAACGAAGAUAUUGCUUUGAUGAUGAGGACGAUGCAUGUUCAGCCUUACGAGCUUAAAGAAAUAUCUUACGAAAAUUGUUGGAAGUUGUUUGCAGAACAUGUCUUUGGUACUAUAGGCUCCAAUGAGGUACAUCAAGACUUGGAAGAAAUCGGAAAGCAAUUUGUAAAAAAGUGCAAGGGUCUUCCUUUGGCUGUAAAAUCGAUGGCUGGACUUUUACGAUCUAUGUCCACUAGUGAAGAAUGGAGACAUGUACUGCAAAGUGAUAUUUGGGAGUUGUCCAAUUGCCGCGACAUAGGAAGUGUUCCAGCUUUGUGGUUGAGCUAUCGAUUUCUGCCUCCUCAUUUGAAGCCAUGUUUUUCUUUUCUCUCGAUAUUUCCCAAGGAUUAUGAAUUUCGGAAAGAUGACAGAGAACAAAUAAUCUUAAUAUGGAUGGCAGAAGGUCUUUUACAACCUCAAAAAGGAAAAAGGAUUGAAGAUGUUGGAGAAGAGUACAUGAGUGCUUUAAUAUCAAGAUCAUUUUUCCAAAGAUCCAGACACUAUUCUCUCUCUAUGCACGAUCUUAUGCAUGAUCUAGCUAUGUAUGUAUCAGGUCAGUGUUGCUCUAUUUAUGAUAGUUGUAAUGACUUCCACAAGCUAAAUGGUAGCAAGACACGCCAUCUAUCAUACAUGAAAGACUUAAAAGAUACAGUAGAAUUUGACAACUUUUCUAGAGUGAAGUAUUUGCGCACCUUGUUAGCUUUACCAUUGCGAUAUACAUAUUCAUGGCAAAAGACACAAUUAAAGCUUGAAAUUGUAGUGAAGGAUGGAGGAUGCCUAAGAUCACUUUCUUUGUCAGACUCAUGUAUCACAGACUUGCCUGAUUCAAUUGGCAAUUUAAAACAUCUCAGGUAUUUGGAUGUGUCUCGCACGAAAGUUAAGGAAUUACCUCAUUCAGUUUGUGGGUUGUACAAUUUGGAAACACUCUUAUUGUCAGGUUGUAUAAAUCUCAGACAAUUGCCUACCAACAUUUCCAAGUUAGUCAGCCUGCGUCAUCUUAUGACAAGAUUGACUCCUCUAAAAGAGAUGCCACCGAAGAUUUGUAAUAUGAUAAAUCUUCAGACGUUAAGUAAUUUUGUUUUGUGUAAAAAUGAUGGGUCCAGGAUCAAAGAGUUGGGCAAGUUGGACAAUCUGCGUGGAAGCUUGGAGAUUUCAGGGCUUGCGCAUGUUAGAGAAGUGAGUGAUGUUUUGGAAGGAAAUUUGAAGAACAAAAAGUAUCUCAAUGAACUCAUUCUUUCAUGGAACGGUGUGGCAAAUAGCUCAACAAAGGAAAGAGAAGUUCUUGAUGCACUCCAACCACAUGUAAAUUUAAAGAAACUCGAAAUCGGAGGUUAUAACGGUACAAGCUUGCCAGAUUGGGUAACACAUCCAUCAUAUUGUAACUUGAGAAAAGUUGAUCUACACUGCAGCAAUCUUUGCUUGUCGUUGUUAUCAUUUCGCCGCUAAGUUCACUGAUAGAUUUUCGUGUUUCCUGUCUUGAUAUGCAUGAUGAAUUUCGUAAUAUUUCUUUGAAUAUGCCCUUUCCAUUCUUAGCAAGAUUAUGGCUUGAUCAUACAGAUAUGUUGGAUUGGUCAUUUAUUAAUACAAGUGACCAAAGAUGUGAGAUUUUUCAAUGUCUAAAGCAAUUUGAUUUAGAAAGAUGUAGGAAGCUGAGUGUGGCGCUACCUAUGUGUAAUUUUCCAUCUUUAGAGUAUAUCAAUAUUUCAUCUUGCGAUGAAUUGGUAACUAUAUUUCCAACAAGUACUCACAUUGACUCUGCAUAUCCUUCCCUCAAAACGUUGAACACAAUGCAUUGCUCAAGGUUGGAAACCUUUUCAGAAAUGGGAUUGCCCUUUACUUUACAACGUCUAUGCAUCGCAUCAUGUGAUAAGCUCAUGGAAAACCGCAUGAAAUGGAAUUUACAAAGACUCCCAUCAUUCAAUUCCUUAGAACUCUUUGGAUGUGGAGGAGUGGUGGAUUCAUUUCCAGAGGAAUGGCUGCUCCCACCAUCUUUAAGAAGUCUUAAGAUCUUUGAAUGUAAUAACCUCAAAGCUCUGAACAGCAAAGGCGUCCAACACGUCACCUCCCUUCAUCGUUUAGAUCUUCUUUAUUUGGAAAAACUAGAGUGCUUACCAGCAGCAGGACUGCCCCAGAGUGUUACUGAUUUGUCCAUAGAAGGAUGCAGUCUGCUAAUUCCCAGGUGCAAGGAAGGAACAGGGGAAGAUUGGCCCAAAGUUCAACACAUUCCUAACAUACUAACUGAAGAAACAGAAUUUAAUAAGAGAGACUUAGGCGGCAGGGGAAUUUCUUUUUAUCAUGCGUGGAUUGGUGAUUAUGAUGAUUGAUUGGGCUUCUUUAAUUUGAGCAGAGAACCACAUCGCAUAGGGACUGGUGUUGCCUUCAUUGGAAUCCUUCUCAGCUUUGCUCUUCAGUCUUGUGAUGUCUUUCGCUCUUUGGUCUUUCAAUUUUGCUUUUGGCAAACAGCACCAACUCCCAUUGGGCUUGUGGAGUUUCCUUUCUUCUUCUCUUUACCAAUUGGGAUUAUUCAACAAGGCGCAACAAACAUGCAAUCCAAGGUUGAAUGACAGUGUUUACAGAGUUCAUCAUUUAAUUAUAUCAGCAUCUCACAAGCUCUCAUGCUCCUGGGUGACUUCAAACUAUCUAGUUGGCACAAUUAUUGGCCAAGUUUCUACCUUCAACCAUUGAUCAUGUCAUCAAGACAGAACUUGGUAAUGAUGUUUUCUACAAUGCCUCAAUUACAAGUUUGAGUAUUGACUCUUGACUUUAAAAUUAGUUGGAAGUUUUGUUGACAGUUGGAAAAAACAUCAAGACUGCAGCUUGGUUUCAACUCGAAAUCUUACUACUUUGUGCAUAAAAGAAUGUACUGUUAAUUCCCAAGUGCAAGGAAGAACACAGGGAAAGAUUGGCAUAUUAUUCAAUUCAACACAUAGCUAAAAAAAACUAACUGAAUAAAGUCAUGUCUCUCUUAGACAGCAGGAACACAGCAUUGUUUAUUAUACUGGUGGGGAUCGAGUUAUGAAUUUCAUCGAGUCUCAAUGAUUUCAGCCAAUGAGACAAUGCAGACUCUUAACUUUGUAGGAUAUAUUUAUAUAUUUAGCCUUGCUUAAUUUGGAAGGCAAGCAAAUUACACAGAAAAGGUUCUAAGAAUAUCCAAGAUGCAUGAUGUUAAGAGUGUUACAGUUCCCUUAGCUGGUCAUUUUAAGUUCACAGCUGAUCAAUGUCCUGAAACUGAAGCAGAAGUAAAACUGUAAAAGACAAGGAUAAAGUCCCAUAUGCACCGCACUUGGUUGUUUGAUGUAUGUAAAAUGCCUAUGCCCUCAGUUUUCUUGAUGUCUAAUCCUGGGCUCGAGCAUUGGCUUGGUUUGAAAUGGUCAAUGAGGUAUCUCAAAGGUACAAGCACACAUGGUAAGGUGUACAAGAAAAAUGCUGGAAAGAUAUGGCUCGAAGGGUUUGUAGAUUCUGAUUUUGCUUCAAAUCAAGAUUCAACAAAGUCCCUCAUUUUCUAUGUUGUUACAAUAGUGGGAGCACAGUGAGUUGGAAGCCUCGUCAGCACCGAGUUAUUGCCUUGUCCAUGUCUGAACCUGAAUUCAUGGCAACUGUAGAAGCUUUUAAGGAAGCAGUGGGAGCAUUGCUUAAACUUGUUGAACAUUGAUACAAGCUUGAGCUAAAUCAUCAUGAGCUUUCCUUAUUACUACUCCUCCAGAACACAUCCAGCAAGCAGUGUUUUUACCGCUGACUUUGCCUAUGCACGCUAACUCAGUUCAUCAUCAUGAGCUUUCCUUAUUACCAGUCCUCCAGAACACAUUGUAUUUCACAUCUUUGUAGAAAGAAGAUCACUUUGAGAGUUUUGAGAGCUUUGAGUGUGGUUGUACAAGGGGUUCUCGGGUUUGGUUCCAAGGGUACAGAAAGAGUGAGUUUGGUGAGAGUUUGGUACCAAGAAACCAUUGAAAAUCUUCAACUGUAACAAAGAUUGUAUUGCUGAUUCUCUAUAGUGGAUUGCUCAUGAUAAUGCUCAAACUGGAUGUAGGUCAAAUUGGCCGAACCAGUAUAAACCUUGGCGUCCAUUUCUUUACUGUAUUUUCUUUACUUUAAUUUUGAUUUGUUGCUCGGAUACUUUGGGUUCUGUUCUUGAACACAAAGUAUUCGAGCAACAAAUAGUGACAAACUUCUCUGAUAUAAAUACAUAAUAGUGAGGUUUUCUAUUUGAGAUUGCUGAAAUCAUUGAGGGUGUAUUGAAUUUGAUUGAUAUAGUGGGACUGAAUCAAUUAAACUCC